AUGCAUUCCCCAAGCAUCUGCAUUCUGCUUAUUCUGGCAACCUGUUUCUUAGGUACCAACGCUAUAAGGCUUCGUCAAACCAAUUCGCAACAAACAAUUCAAUAUGCUGCCAAGCAGCCUCCAUUGACUACACCGUGGACUGACAAAGUCGGCACCAAUCCAUGGCCAGAGUAUCCUCGGCCUCAGUUUAAGCGGUCUAAAUGGAAGAAUCUAAACGGUAUUUGGCAGUAUCAGAGUGCAUCCGGUCUUGAUGCGGUCCAAAACCCUCCGUUUGAACAACCAUUUACAAACGAGGUCCUUGUUCCUUCCUGUCUGGAGAGUGGUCUAUCUGGGCUUCAAGAAAAAGACGUCAAGUACUCCUGGCUCAAGACUAACUUCACGGUUCCAAGUUCCUUUAACCGCAGUCAUGUUUUGCUGAAUUUUGGCGCUGUGGAUUAUGAAGCAACGGUGUUCAUUAACGGCAAGCAGGCCGGCUUCCACCGUGGCGGUUACUUUCAUUUUGCUGUUGACAUCACGCAGUAUUUAUCAUUUGAAGAUGAGAAUGAACUUCUUGUAUUUACACACGACCCUACAGAUAGUGAUAACUAUGUCAUUCCUGUUGGCAAGCAAAGACUUACUCCAGACCAUAUGUUCUACACUCCUUGCAGUGGUAUCUGGCAGAGUGUUUGGAUUGAGGCUGUCCCUGAGGAGUACAUCACACAGCUGGAUCUGGAUGCCAAUAUGCAUGGUCAACUCAACGUCACUGUUCACACUGCCACAAAGAAUGGUACAUCAGUUGAGGUCAAGGUAUACGACGGCCAUGAGGAGAUUGGAUCUGGCAAACAUACUUCAGAUCAGCCUUUUCAUUUUAACAUGUCUAAUAUUAAGCUCUGGUCCCCAAAAUCACCAAAACUGUACAAUGUAACCGUGACAAUGGGUACAGAUACAGUUGAAAGUUACAUUGGAUUUCGCACUAUUUCUAAAGGAACUGUGGAUGGUGUAACUCGACCGUUGCUGAAUGGCCAGUUUGUCUUUAUGUUUGGUACCUUAGACCAGGGAUAUUGGCCUGAUGGAUUAUACACCCCUCCAACCAAAGAUGCCAUGGUAUAUGAUUUGAAGUUCUUGAAGGACCUUGGCUUUAAUAUGGUCCGAAAACAUAUUAAAGUUGAACCAGCACUUUUCUACCGCGCAUGUGAUGAGAUGGGAUUGCUUGUAAUACAGGAUAUGCCAAGUUUAACUCCAUUACAAACUAAGACCAAUACGAAUGGUGAUACUGUGACUAUCCUGCCUGAUGAGGCACAGCAGCAGGAAUUCACACGACAGCUUGAACUACUAGUGACUCAGCUCAAGAACCAUCCUAGUAUUGUUAUUUGGACCAUUUAUAAUGAGGGCUGGGGGCAGAUUAUAGAUGACCAUCCUGAGUUUAACUUAACAGAAUUGGUCAAACAGUGGGAUCCAACCAAACUAGUAGAUGCAACGUCGGGCUGGCAUGAUCACGGGGCUGGAGAUUUCAGUGAUAAUCAUCACUACGCCAGUCCGCAAUGUGGAACUCCUUUUUAUUCUCAGCCAUCCAGCCCUUAUGACUCAAGCCGCAUUGCUAUUCAAGGGGAAUUUGGAGGUCUUGGCCAUGAAGCCUCCAUCGACCAUCUAUGGAAUGUCAAGGCGGCACUAGACACCAUCAAUAACACAUAUGAAAUGGCUGCAACACUUGAGGCAUGGAACUAUCGCAGCCAUAUGCUCCUUCAAGAGCUAGAGGACCAAAUCCACAGAUUUAACUGCAGUGCAGGCGUCUGGACGCAGACAACCGAUGUUGAGGGUGAAACCAAUGGGUUAAUGACGUAUGACCGCAGAAUGAAGCGAGUGGAAGAAAAGCAGUGGAAGGCUGAUAUCCGGGCACUUUAUGAUGCAGCUGCGGCAAGGAGCAAUUCUACGCAUGACUAG